ACUAUCUUUUGAAUUGCAUCUUCUUGCAUCUUCUACUUUUGGUGUUUAAUGUGUCUAUAUUAAUUUUAUACAGAUACUCUAUUCUUGAAUUUGUAAAAAUUAAUAUUUGGUUAAUUUACAUUGACUGGAAUUCUGCUACGAAAUUACCCAGAACUGCCAAGACCUAAAGUGCCAUCAAAUUAAACAAUCGUACUGUAUCUUUAAAAUAUGUUUUUUUUUUUUGCACUUGUUCAAUGAUACACACACUUCAGUUCUGUGCAGAACUGUGUUGUGCUCAUGGUUAAUUUUAUGGAUUUUACUGAAUUAGCUUUGUUAUCUUUUGGUUAAUUUCAAGAUUUUGCAACUAGAAAAUAAGCAUUUCUUUUUUAUUUUUAGCUAAAUCUUUGCCAUUUCCAACAUUUUGUGGCACUUUUUAACAGUAUCCUCUAUUUUUAUUUGAUUCUGGGCCACUCUUGUGAAAGAGUUCUGGAAGGGUUUGGCCACUCUUUAGUAAAUCACUAUUUUCUCAACCAUCAGAAACUAAGAGUUUAAAUCAGAAGUUUCUUUUCAGUGUUCCCUCUGAGCUCAUUUUUUUUUAUCUGCGUUGUUCUUUCAGAAUGUAGAUGCACUGCAAGUGUGGGAAAUUGAAAAGAAAAAAAAAAAGACACCUCCAGUUCUGCAACCUCUUGUGCACCAGGAACUAGUUCAUAUGCCACUCAUAAUUUCCUGUCUCAAUCUCCUUAGCUACUGUUGCUGCAGCUCCAGAUGUAAUUUAGUGUUGCCAGUACCAGCAAAUGUGUCUCAUUUUUCUAUUUUGCUCUUGUGGUUUAGAUAACAACUGCUUGAGUGAGUGCUCGGACGAAAGCGUGACUAAACUGUGAAACGUGGCUUUGCCUCAUGUUGUAUGAGACACAUUACUUUCGGCAUUUUCACUCUCCGACCUCCAAACCACAGGAAAGAAGAUUAGACAGACAGGAAGGAGCUGCUGCAGCAGCAUCAGCAUGAAACCUCAUCUUGACUACACCUCAAUAGCUGCUUCUUCGGUGUGCACUCAGCUUGUACACACAGUUUCAUCACAUCCUAUGAAAGUCCUUCUAAAAGUUUCUCAUGGAGACAAGAGCACAUUAUGACUCAAUCAUGGACCGAAGCAAACGAAUCACAUGGCAGGACGACUGCUACGUCGAACUUCAGUCCACUCCCACCUCUGUCUCUUCACAGUCAGAAGCAGAAGGUCCCAGCUGGAUCCAAACGCAUCGAGACCAGCUGCUGCGUUUCACCACUCACGACUUCUUGAAGGAGAUGUUAAACCAUCUAAGAAAACUGGAUGUGCUGAGUGCAGCUGAGGAAACAAGUAUCAUGCAGGCAGGUGGGCUGCACGACCAGAGUAACCAGCUCACAACUAUUAUCAGCAGCAAAGACAGCCAGGGGGCAGAUGCCUUCCAGGGAUUCAUAGAAAGCUCUGAUUCUCCUGUGGCUCAGCUCAUCAUCAACCAUGAUCACAUGGUGAAGGAGCACAAAGCGAUGCUUUUGGAGCGAUAUGACCAACAGAGAGAGAGAGAUCCAAACAGCUGUACCAAACUGAACAUCUCCUCCAGGGCCUUACUCCUGGUUGAUGGACUUUCUGACCUCCAGCAGAAAGAACAUGACCUGAUGCAGGUGGGAGCAACUCAGGGAAGGACAAGAAAUCAUCUCAGACAACUAGGAUUGGCCAAACUACUGGAGCCCCUGACCCGGGUUAGCCUACCACCAAGAGUCUCACUCACAAUAGGGGUUUCAGGGAUCGGGAAGACCACCUGGGUCCGGCACUUUGUCAAACAGUGGAGCCAGGGAAGCAUCUGUUCGGACGUGAGCUUCGUGUUUCCGUUUACCUUCAGUGAACUUAACUCAGCGGAGAAGUUCUCAGUUGAGAAACUACUGAAAAUGGCUUUUCCCCAUUUAACAGACCCAUGUCUGAUCUUCAGUGGCUCAUGUCGGACCCUUCUUAUACUUGAUGGUUUGGAUGAAUUCUACAGCACUUUAAAUUUCUCCGAUGCAGCGGCCUGCAGUGAUCCAAAGAAGGAGUUAUCAGUUGACGACUUGCUGACUAACAUUAUUCGCGGGAACCUGCUCCCUGACGUGGCAGUGUGGCUAACCUCCAGGCCAAGAGUGGCCUCUCUCAUCCCUGGAGGACUCAUAGACAGGGUGACUGAGAUUCCAGGAUUCAGCCCUGGUGACGUCCAGAUUUUCCUGCAGCACUAUUGUGCAGAAAAGGAUUUUGCCACCAAAAUAUGGGCACACUUGGAGGAGCAUAAAAAUGUCAUGGUCAUGUGUUACAUACCCAGUAUUUGCUGGAUUGUAGCGGAUACUCUAGUAUACAUUAUGCAGGGUGGAGCACAGGAUGGUCUGCCAAGAACUUGCUCUGAGCUGUACGCACAUUUCUGCGCCAUGAAAGCAGAAGUCGGAGAACCCAGAGGCAGGGAGCCCGUCAGAUCAGAGCAGCUCCAUGGGAACAAUCGUAAGCUGCUGUGGAGUCUUGGACGAAUGGCAUUUUAUGGGCUUCUUAAACACAAGUACGCGUUCAGUGAGCUGGACCUCAGGGCCAACGGAAUUGAUCCCCUGUUGAGCCAAAGCAGUUUUGGUACAGGUGUUCUGGUUCGAGAGAAGUCGGCUGUGCUGAUGACAUACCGAUUUAUUCAUCUGAGCCUGCAGGAGUUUCUUGCAGCCACUUUUUAUCUUGUCUCCUCCAAGCGUGCAAUCUUUGACCUAUUCUCAGAGAGUGCCAUGUCAUGGCCCAAAAUCGGCUUUCAAAACCACUUCAAAAAUGCCUUUCAGCACACGCAGCAGGCUGAAGGUGGGCACUUGGACGUGUUUGCGCGCUUCCUGACAGGUCUGCUGUGUCCAGUGGCUCUGAGGCCUCUUGCUGGGCUUCUGUCUCUGGGUAAAGAUGAUGGUUCACAGAAAACCUGGGCGGCAGGUUAUUUACACAGCCUCCUGGUCAGCGGGGGUGCUGUGGUGUCCCUGCGUACUGUCAACCUGGCAUAUUGUUUACAGGAGCUGCAGCACACUGAGCUGCUGCGGAGCGUGGAGGAGGAUUUAAGGCUUGGCAGCCUGUCAGGGAAGUUAUCGCGGGCUCAGUGCGUGGUGCUGGGAUAUCUCCUGCAUGUGUCUCCAGAGUGCAGCGAACAGACCAACCUAUCAGGCUCUUUGAACUACUCUACAGUCAAGUGUUUGCUCCCACAGUUGUUCUACUGCAGCCACCUCAGGUUAGAGAACAAUCACUUCAAAGAUGAUGUCAUGGAGCUGCUGGGAAGUCUGCUCAGUGCCAAGGACUGCCAUAUUGUGAAGUUAAGCUUGGCAGAGAAUUCCAUUGGCAGUAAAGGAGCGAAAGCACUGAGUCGAGCUCUGUUGGUGAAUAGAACUCUGACGUCGCUCAAUCUGCGGAACAACAACAUUGGUUCUAAAGGUGCGAGGUUUUUGGCAGAAGCUCUGAAAAUGAACCAAGUUCUGGUGUCGGUCAACUUUCAGAGCAACAACAUUGAGGAGGAGGGCGCCCAAGCCCUCGCAGAAGUGCUGCAGUGCAACCGCAAACUGGUGUCUCUGAAUCUCAGCAAGAACACAGUUGGAGGAGGUGGAGCCAAAAAAGUUGCAGAAGCCCUGAAGAUGAACCAAACCCUGACAAAGUUGAUCCUUUCCAGCAACCACCUCGGGGACAAAGGAACGGUUGCACUCGCAGGGGCUUUGACACUCAACCACAGUCUGCUCUCACUUGAACUGCAGAGUAACUCCAUUAGCAACAGAGGGAUGGCAGCCUUAACAAGUGCACUACGGCAGAACCACGGCCUUGUCUCCUUGAAUUUGCGGGAGAACUCAAUCGGAGUGGAAGGUGCGAAGAAUAUGGCUCGCGCCCUCCGAGAGAACAGCUCUCUGCAGGACCUCGACCUCACAGCCAACCUGUUGCACGACGAAGGCGUUCAAGCUAUAGCUGAGGCCAUUGAGUUCAAUCAGAGCCUCGUCUCCUUACAUCUCCAGUGGAACUUCAUCAAGGCUAACGCCACUAAAGCUCUGGCCCACGCUCUGCUCUCCAACAGCACGCUGCAGCUCCUGGAUCUACAGGAGAAUGCCAUUGGAAACGAAGGUGUCAUUUUUCUCGCAGAAGCCCUCAAAGUCAACACAUCGCUGCAAACAGUAUGUAUCCAGGGAGUUUCAGCAGGCACAAGUGGCGCCACUGCCAUGGCAAAGGCUCUGAUGACCAAUCAAACCCUGCAGAACCUGGAUGUUCGUGGGAACGCAAUAGGGAUGGAGGGAGCGAAAGCUCUGGCUAAUGCCAUGAAGAAAAACAGAAGCCUCAAGUCUCUGAAUCUGCAGGAGAACAGUCUGGGAAUGGAUGGAGCCAUUUUCAUCGCAACAGCAUUGAAAGGAAACCACCAGAUGACGUACAUCAAUUUGCAGGGAAAUGGGAUUGGUGAAUCGGGAGCAAAGGUCAUAUCUGAUGCGAUUAGAGCCAACGCUCCGAGCUGCGUGGUUGACAUCUGAGGGAGGAACUCGCAGCUUUGAGUGGAGAGUUCUCGCACUGUUUUCACUGUGAGACGUUGAACACUCACGGCUGUACAACACAGUCGAUGUUGUCUCUAACCAUAAGCCUGUACUCAUAUAUACAUAUUUGAUGUAAGGCACCAGCUUAUUUUGUUCUAUUGUAAGUAAUUAUCUAAUUUAAUCUUCUUUGUAACAAAGUGUUAUCAGCUAACUGAUGUUUUUUUGUAAAUAACAGACAGAAAAGCUGUUGUUUUUUCUUCUAGCCUCUAUUACCAAUUAUCAAGUACAAGGUCAUAGUUGUUGUCAUUUAAUUCAUUUUUGAAUAUGCACAACAGCAGUGAAAAUGUUGGCUGGACAUUAAAAAUGUACAUGUGGAAAUGUCCAACAUGAGGUGGUCACUAAAACCAAAGAUCAUAGAGGUAACUGGAUAUGACACAUUUUAACACACAUUUGAAGAGACAGUGACGUGAAACCAAAUAAUAUCGUCAUAAAUAAAAAGAUGUCUACUAACAAUUUAACAAUUUCUUCUCUGUUCAUUUAGGAUAUAAGUUAAAACUUUAAUAUUACAUAGAAUCAAGGUAACUUUGCUAAUAUAGUUCCAAAAUAAUAACAAUCAUUAGCAUUACAAAAACACAGGCAC